AGCCAAAUAACAUACCAACAGCGUGACACCUGGUUGCUUGACUGUGGCUUUGGCACCUCGUUUACAACUCCAACCUCGCAACCUGGCUGUGAAUAGCAGAGACCAAAAAUGCAGUCUAUGCCAAGUACAUCUCUUGUUCUCGACGACCUUACUCAGGGCUUGAACGAAUGGCGUAACAUUCAGGACAUCGUACGGCUGACGUUCAAAGCUUUCCAUGAUGUACUUCGGACACAGGCGGAAGCCAUCAAGGCUAUCGAACGGUCGGUGGACACCAAGGCCAGUCGCGCAGAGAUGGCCGCGUCACUGCAGCAGAAAGCCAACGCCGCGGACUUGGCUGCUCGCAUGAAGGAGCUUGAGACCCAGAUGGCCUCUAAGGCCGAUGUUGCCGAUAUGGAGCGCCGCGCGCUCAAGACGGAGAUGGAUGCCAGCAUGCGUACCCAGAUGACGGACAUCUACAACCUCCUGCGCGCGAAGGCGGAGGAUGCGGAGUUCAAGGCCUUCAAAGAGCAUGCCGAUCGGCAGCUAUCCGCACUGCGCGCCGACGUGACGCGCCUCGGCUCCGGCCUGGAGGCGACCCGUACGGCGCUGGACAGCAAGGCGGGCGUGGCGGAGGUGACGGCCGCGCUGGCGCAGAAGGCCGACAUGGCGGAGGUGGAGGACAAGCUGCGGGACAAGGUUUCCCGCAAGAUGUUCCAGGAGGGUCUGGCCCGCAAGACCGACGUGACCCAAAUAGAUCAGCUAGAGGGCCGCCUGGGCCAGGAGCUCACGGACCUGCGGGCGCUGGUGGGCCGGAAGGCGGAUGGUACGGCGCUGGAGGAGGUGUCCAGUCGGACAGAGCGACUGCGGCAGCGCGUGGAGGCGGACAGCGACACCACCGCCGCGGCGCUGCGGACUAUUUCCGCCACGUUUGAUAACACGCUUGCAGACGUGCGCGGGCGGCUGGAGAAUUGCACCACCCAGCUGGCGACGCUGCACCGCAACGUGGGCGCAUUCGACCAGCAGCUGCGGGAAGUGGAUGGAGCGUUCAGGGAGACGCUCUCUAAGAAGGCUGACGCGGUCGAGGUCUACCGGCUCUUGGACCGGAAGGCGGAUGCUGCGGCGGUCAUGGAGGCACUGCAGCAUAAGGCCUCCCAGGACACUGUCGAUGCAGUACUCAGCAAGGUUGACAAUGCGCUGGACCUGACGGCCCGGCUGGACGCACUCCAGCGCGACGUGGACUGCAAAUUAACGGAGGCCAAGAACCUUUACGCGACGAUAGAAGGACUGGCGCGAGUGGAGGACGUGAACAAGGCCCUUCUAGAGGUAUGCGCGGAGCUGGAGAAUAAGGCGCCAGUCAACGAGAUCGUGCGGUUAGAGCGGCAGCAGGCCGUCAUCAACUCGGGCUUUGCACAGAACCUGUACAUGGGAAGGUGGCUGUGGAAGAGUACGCGGACCAAGGCUGGCAACGCCGUGCCCUGGGAGGUGCAGGCGGUAAACACGGACACCGACAACUUUAUUUGGGAAGAGGGCAAGGCGACCAUUGUGACGGUUUCGCCCGGUUUGUACGAGGUUUCCCUGGGUUUCUAUACAGCUACGGGCGCGUCACGUGGCAAGCGGUCGCCGCCCGUAAUUCAAGUACUGGUCAAUGGCGAGGUUGCAUUGACCGCUGCCAAUAACCUGGCUAACCCAGGCGCAGGUGGCGGCGGCGCUGGGGGAUACAGCUACGGCGGCGCUGCGUCGCCCCCCGGCAGCGGCGCCCGCCCAUCCCCUGGCCAAGACCGUGGGACCAGCACGACGGGUCUCGUGUCGUCGCCUGUGACGGGCAUGACGGCGUGGGACGUCCUGUUGCUGCCGGCCAAGGCCAAAGUUGCGGUCACUUAUCAGGGCGAGGAGCGUGGCGAGGGCUUCUUGGGGUUGCGGAAGUUGUAGCUGUGCUGGCCAUUGACUUGCCAUUUUCUUAGACCUCUGAUUUCUCAUGCAAAUGAUAAGUGCAUUGGGCGACUUCUUCGUGGUUCACUCCACGAAUUGCUGAAGUAGACUACGUGCUUCAAACCGAAGCGCUCGAAGUGACGUUUUCCUUGAAUUUGUUUGUUUGGUGUUACACGUAAGUGGAAUGAGAAAAGGAAAGGAGUGAAGUAGGCUUUGUCCGAUGCAAUCUUCCCAGCGCCUGUGGUCUUUCAAUGUUCGAAAACCCUAACGUAGAAGUCCUUACAAGUAUAGCUGGGAUUGCUGGGACUAGUCCGCGUGUAUGCUCCCUCCUGAACUUCGUUCUUGCUAGGCAUGUGCAGUGAAACACUAACAGUUGCGGGGUAUUUCUAUUGUACCGCAACAUACGAGGCCAUCGCCCGAAGCGUUGCGACUAAAUCGGUUAUCCCUUUUUGAAUGGACCACCUGUC